AUGUCUGACGGAUCUUCGUGGACCAGAGGGCAGACGGUUGCCAGCACGAUCUUGAUAUUCGCUCGCGAUCUACCCUCGUCUUACUCCGCAACGUCAGGUCUCUCAGGCUAUGGCAUUCCCUUCCAGCUUCAGCUUGUACCACAAGCUGGUAUCACUCUGCCAACACUAAAUGUUUCCGCGACGCAAGGAAAUUAUGGUGGCUUCAUCAUCCUUGGUGAAGUCUCCUACGACUACGGUGGGAACAACUGGGCAAGUGCUCUGACAGCCGCUCAAUUCCAGACAAUAUAUGCAUAUCAGGAGGCUUUUGGAGCCCGAAUGGUCCGUAUUGAUGUCUACCCUGGACCCGACUAUGAUGUCGUUCCUACAAUCCCCGGUGCUGGAUGCUGCGGAGCUGGUGUAGAGCAACUUCUGAGCCUGACCAACACUAGUGGCUUCCCAUCAGCAAACCUGAAGCAAGGUGCUACUAUCAGUACACAAGGUAUCUGGCACUAUCCAGCUACCAUCACCAAUCCAAACACAACAUGGGAGGUCGCCGGUCUUGCAGCAAGCUCUGACGGCACGUUCGCAAACUCUAGUUCUGCAGCAGUCAUCCACCAAGUUGGAAGACGUCAAGAGAUGGUCUGGUUUUCGAGUUGGGCUACAAACUGGGCACUGACCUCGAACUACCUUCAGCACGCCUAUAUUGCGUGGUUGACUCGUGGUUUGACAAUGGGAUAUCGUCGCAUACACCUAAGCACUCAAGUUGACGAUGUCCAUCUCAACACAGCCCUCUAUUCACCUUCCAACGCGCUGUUCCGACUGAGAGCGGCAGAUUUGCAAGCGAUCAAGGACUGGAUGCCUCAGCUGAACUCAAGACUGCCUGCUGGCUCGAAUUACUUCAUGGAGCUCGGUCAUAACGGAAACGGCAACAUUGUUGCUGGAAUCACUUUUGAAAACACAACGACUUGUCAACCUGACCCUGCUAUCAUCUACACUGGUGAUAUGUCUUCAACUCCACUCGAAUACCAGAAGCCUCUAGGCACAGGUGCUGACAUCUGGCCUACAACACCAACAACCUACAGCUGGAGCAAGGCUUGCUCUCUGAUUGACCCGCUUUACAGGUGGCUGUCUACUCCGGAAAAUAUGAACGCGUUCGCACACGUCUCGCAUACAUUCACACACGAGUCUUUGAACAAUGCGACAUAUAAUGACACGUACCGAGAGAUCACAUUCAAUCAAGCAUGGGCCAACGUCACAGGAAUCAACCAAGCCGCGAGGUGGUCGCCUAAUGGUCUCAUCCCUCCUGCAAUCACAGGCAUGCACAACGGCGAUGCUAUCAGGGCUUGGAUGGUCAAUGGCAUCAAUUCGGCGGUCGGUGACAACACCAGGGCCGUAUUGAUGAAUCAGCAGAACGAGUUCUGGCCCUUAAUAAGUACUGUGACUAGUAAUGGAUAUGAUGGACUCGAAAUUAUUCCCCGCUGGGCGACCACCAUAUUCUUCAACUGCGAUCUGCCUGACUGUACUACAGGCGAAUGGGUACAAACUUCAGGCGGCAAGGGUGGCUUCCCUCAACUUCUCAACGACGCUCGCACGACCAACGUGCGCCACCUGAUGGGGCUUCACCAUGAUCCUUUCAUGUUCCAUCAGGCCAAUCUCCGAAACGCAGAUGCCAACAGCACUACUAUUGGCUCUAUCACCGGUCAAUUCUCACUAAUUCAGAUUUGGACCGAAGUGGUCACACAGGAGAUGUCGCGUCUCACGAACUGGCCCAUCGUGUCUCUCAAACACGAUGAUAUUGCUGUCGACUUCAGGAAUCGCAUGGCUCGCGACCAGUGCAAUCCAGCCUUGAGCUAUAAACAUUCUCCUGACAGCAAGAGCAUCAUGUCGGUCACGGUCACUGCGGAUGGAAACAGUUGCUCUGCUCCCAUCCCGGUCACGCUGCCUGGUGGUGUUGUCAGCAAUGCUCCUGGACUUGUCAGAGAAUUGCUUGGAACCGAUCCUUUGGUCAUUUGGGUGCCGUUGACCGGUAGUCCUGUUACCUUGACCUUGUCAUCGCCGGUGUCGCUACUGUAA